UAUAAAGUUUAGUCAGUAAUUGGUAGUUUGUUUUUGUGGUUAGCUUUUGUAACUCGUCUUUGCCUUGUAUUUGUUCUGUUUUUGAAUAAUUCAAAAAUAAAAUAAAAUAAAAUAUUCUAUGAAAAAAAUAAGUAUAAUAUAUUAUAAUUAUUAUUCUUUAUCGUAGGAAUGGGGAAUAAAAGCCCCUUUUCAUUGCAAUUAUUUGCAAAUAAAAGAAAGAAAGAAAAGAAAAAAUGAAUGAAAUGGUGGAGGUGAGGCGUCUCAGUUUCAACAACAAGUGGGUGACAACAGCGGCCAGCAUAUGGAUCCAGUGUAUCGUGGGUGCAUCGUACACCUUCGGAAUCUACUCCUCCGCUCUCAAGUCAAGCCAGGGUUACAACCAAUCAACUCUCGACACCGUCUCUGUUUUCAAGGACAUCGGUGCUAACGCGGGUAUCUUAUCCGGUCUCCUCUACGAUGCCGUUACCACGCAACGAUGGCGUUCCUCGUUCCUCGGCAGGUGGUUCAGCGGGCCUUGGGUGGUCCUGGCGACUGGAGCUGCCCAAUUCUUCGUGGGUUAUUUCUUCAUGUAGGCCUCCAUCGCCGGCCUCAUUUCCCGACCUCCAGUCAUCGUUAUGUGUUUGUUCAUGUUCUUUGGGGCCCAUGGCCAAACAUUCUUCAACACCACUAAUGUCGUCACUGGAGCCCACAAUUUUUCUGGUUAUAGUGGCACCAUCGUCGGUAUAAUGAAGGGUUUUCUUGGUCUUAGUAGCGCAAUACAGGUUCAAUUUUAUAACAUAUUGUGCAGAGACAAUCCAAGCAAUUUUCUUCUUAUGCUUGCUCUUUUGCCCACUUUGGUCUCCAUGGUACUAAUGUCAUUGGUAAGAAUCCACGAAGCAAAUAAAGGAGAUGAGAGAAAGUAUCUGAAUGCUUUCUCUGUGGUUGCUCUGGUCAUUGUUGUCUAUCUCAUGAUAAUAAUAAUCUUGGAAAAUGUCUUAACUCUAUCAAUGUGGUCACGCAUAUCUAUUUUUGUACUUCUUUUGAUUCUCUUGAGCUCUCCCCUUGGAAUAGCAAUCAAAGCACAGUGUGAGGAGUCAAAACUAGCUGCAGCAACAUCUUCAACUGAUACUAAUCCACUACUCGAAAAGUUUUUCGCUUCAACAUCAUCAACUAGCUCAGCUCAUGAAGAAAGUUCUUUAAAUUAUCCUGAAGAACUACCUACUUCUGAUCAGGGUCAAGUGAAGGUUGCCUCAGAUUCCACUUUGCAACAUUAUGAAGAAGAAGAAGUAGAGAUGAACCUCUUGAAAGCAAUAAGUACUGUUAACUUUUGGUUGUUGUUUUUGGCUAUGUUUAGUGGAAUGGGUGCUGGUGUGGCCACCAUAAACAACAUGAAUCAAUUGGGGAACUCUUUUGGCUAUACAACACUAGAGAUAACAUCUUUUGUCUCUCUGUGGAGUAUAUGGAAUUUUCUUGGCCGUCUUGGGGCAGGGUACUUGUCAGAUUUUUUGCUCCAUACAAGAGGGUGGGCAAGGCCACUGCUCAUUGCCAUCACUCAAGCCAUUAUGGCUGUUGGACACAUUGUCAUAGCAUCCGGUGUUCAGGGAAAUCUGUAUGUUGGCUCCAUCUUGGUGGGGAUAUGUUAUGGUGCACAGUGGUCACUAAUGCCAACAAUCUGUAAAGAAAUAUUUGGUAUAAGACACAUGGGUACUAUUUUCAACACCAUUGCCAUAGCCAGCCCUGUUGGAUCUUACAUAUAUUCCGUAAGAAUAAUUGGGUAUAUAUACGACAAAGAAGCUUCAGAAAACAUUUGUACUGGCACUCAUUGCUUCAUGACAUCUUUUUUCAUCAUGGCUGCUGUUAAUUGUGGUGGGUGUUUAAUUAGUUUGGCAUUGUUCCUUAGAACCAGAAGGUUCUAUAAGUUGGUUGUUCUCAAAAGAUUGCAGAGUUCAUCAAGACAAUUGCAGCAGUGAUCAAAUAUGUACAUAAACUUCGCUGUGUAGCAAGCAAAAAGUGCUGGUACUUGGCAGAGGGGGUCAUAUUUAUUAGUGCUACAAAUGGCUAUUUAUUGAUUUAUUGUGUUCACAAUUUGUGAUUGUUUGAAAGGAGAGUGAAGGUUUCUCAUGUGUGGACCAGUUAAUGUUUAUUGUGAAAUUGGCUUUUCUUGGAGUUGAAUAUGGUCAUGUCAAGCUCUCUAUGUCUCAGUAUGAAAAGGUUUUUUUGUCAUUCUGGUUUUAGAAUAUCAGACCAGGAGUUCAGGACUAUGCUAAGGUUGUUGCUGUUACCAGGUACACAUUUGAUGUAGGAUUUGUUAUGUGCGUAUCUUUAAGUACAGCUCUAGUUAUACGAUUUGUUUUUGUAGACUAUACUCUGAAUAAAUGAGCAUUUGUU